AUGGUAACCCUCCACCAAAGUCUUUCCAAAGAUCAGACCUUGGGCUGGGAAGCGACGUUGCCGAUGUGCACGGCCUCGACACAUCCGACGGAUCAUUUCUGGGUUGCGACUUCGACGACUACUUUCACGGGCGACGACGUCACAUCUUCAACGCUCACACCAGAACCUCAACCGACAGCCCCAUCAGCUGCACCGGGUCCUACCUCGACAUCACCCACCGACAGUCCAGACAGUACAUCCACAGACACGCCCGAUUCGGGCGGCGGGGGGUCAGGGACGAAUGUAGGUGCUAUUGUCGGAGGAGUGGUGGGUGGCUUUGCAGGGUUAUCUUUGCUUUUAUUAGCGGCGUGGUAUAUCCUACACCGUCGCAAACAUAAGAGCAAUGAGAUGAGGGAGCUUGGGGAGGGCUAUACUUCGCCCGCGGGGACGGCCACGGUCAGGUAG